UUAUUAUCGGUUUUGAACGUUUCUUUUAAAGUGACAAUUCAACGACUAUCGUGUUGAAAGUGUUCCCUUGACACUUGACGUUACGAAUUAUUGAAUAUUUUCUAAGGUUUCGUCGGAAGAAAAAAAAUGGUGUAAAUGACAAGUGUUCUAAAAAAGAUGGGUAGAAUUGUGAAAAUGGCCUAUCCUGGAGGUGGUUUAUACGUUGUUGAGAGUGAGGUCUGCCUCCUGGUAACGGCUAUGAGACGAGGUGCUCGAUGGUCUUCUCACUCUCAUCAGGAUGACGAUCAAGAUACUCUUAUAAAAGGAUUAUUCAGUUUAAAAGAGGUGCUGAAUGAAGCAAAAGAUUUAUCUUGUUUAGAUCCAGGUGUUUUUUUGGCUCCAUUUUUAGAGAUUAUACGAUCAGAAGAAACAACUGGACCUGUUACAAGUCUUGCAUUGUCUGCUGUUAAUAAAAUGAUAUCUUAUGGUCUUAUAGAUUCAGAUCAUCCAGCGGUAGCCCAGUGCGUAGAAGCUAUUGCCGAUGCUGUUACGCAUGCAAGAUUUGUUGGGACCGAUGCAUCUGGAGAUGGAGUUGUUUUAAUGAGAAUUCUUCAAGUUUUAAGAGCUCUUAUGUUAGCACCAGCUGGUGAUUAUCUUUCAAACGAAAGUAUUUGUGAAAUUAUGCUCAGUUGUUUUAGAAUAUGUUUUGAAACACGACUCAGUGAAUUAUUAAGAAGAACAGCAGAGCAUUGCUUAAGAGAUAUGGUACAACAUCUUUUCACACGAUUACCUCAAUUUGUUGACGAUACUAGAGUUUUAUUAAAUAUGAAAAAAAUGAGAACAAAUAGUAUGGAAAGUAAUCGAAGUAAGAACAGAAGAAAUAAAAAUCAUAGUAAACAAAAGGCAAAACAGAAUGUAGAUAAUAUAGGAGAUAUUGAAGAUCCACUUCCAAGUCCAACUGAUAAAGUUAAGUCGAGUUGUUUGACGACGCCUGUUAGUUCGACAGGAAAUAUUGUUGAUAUGCAAGGUUCUUUAGAUCAAGGUAGCAUCGAAAAAACAGAGGAAGAAAAGAAUGAUAACAAAAAUCAUAACAAAAAAGAUUUAAAUGAUGUAAACGAAACUAUUAAGCAGGAAGAUAUAUUUGAUUUGAAAAAAGAGAAGGAAGACAUAAAAGAUUCGAAAGAAUGUAAUAAGCAAAGUUGUAGUGAAAUAGAGGAGAAAAGAAAUGUAAUUGACGAAAAAGAAAUUUUAUCGAAAGAAGACAAAAAUAUAGACAAUAUAGAAAUAGAUAAACACAAUGAAACUAAAUCGGUAAAUUUAUUAAAAGAAGGAAACCAAGGUAAUUAUAUUUGUUUUAAUUAUAAUUUAAAUUAUAAUUUUAAUUAUCAUUCUGUUGAUUUUAUAGAGGAUAUGAAGAAAUUGAUAAAUGAUAAAAAAAAUACAGAUUCGAUAAAAUCUUUGGCAGGAAGUGUCGAAGACUUAACGUCAGUCGAUGAAAAUAUAAAUAAUGCAUACAAAACAUCUAAAACCAAAGAAUCUGAACAAAUUGAAGAAUAUAUAAAUGCCCAAGGAGUUCGUUUUAUGCCACAUCAACAAUUAGCACCUUAUGGUGCUUUGUGUGUCCGUGAAUUAUUUAGAUUUCUCGUAUCUUUGUGUAGUCCUCUCGAUAAACAAAAUAACGAAGUUAUGACACAUCUUGGGCUCAAUUUAUUGCAAGUAGCUUUAGAAAUUGCGGCUGACUAUCUUUCCAAUUUUCCGUCAUUACUGGCACUUGUGAAAGAUGAUCUUUGUAGAAACCUUAUUUUGCUUCUUGGCACAGAUCGAUUGUCGAUUCUUGCAGCGGAUUUGCAAGUAUCGUUCUUGCUAUUUGAAUCGCAAAGGCAGCAUUUGAAAUUCCAAAUGGAGCAUCAUAUAAACAAAUUAAUGGAAAUAGUAAGUUCUGAUUCGAAUAGGAUAUCAUAUGAUCAGCGUGAACUAGCUCUCGAAGCUAUUGUACGAUUAUGGAGAAUACCCGGUUUACCAGCAGAAUUAUAUUUGAACUAUGAUUGCGGCUUGUAUUCUUCUAAUUUAUACGAAGAAUUAAUGAAACUAUUGUCAAAGAAUGCUUCCGCAUUAAUGGGUAAUAUGCAAAAUAUGCAAUUCGUUUCUUUGGAUGCUAUAUUCACGUUGAUUUCUGGAAUGGAAAUCAGAUGUAAAGGCUACAAAGAAUUAUGUAAACCAUCUCGACAUGAUGCAUCACCAAAUCUUCCAACACGAGAGGAAUUGCUUAGUAUAAAAGCAAAUAAACGGUGGUUGAUGCUUGGUACAGAAAAAUUCAAUGAAAAUCCACGAGAAGGAAUUGCUAAACUUACGGAACAUAAUCUUUUGGGUGGAAGUCCGGGAAAUCCCGAUCCAGAGAAAAUAGCUAAAUUUUUGAAGGAAAAUCCUGGCCUUGAUAAAAAAGCUAUCGGGGAAUACAUUAGUAAAAAAGAAAAUAAAAAUGUUUUAAAUUGUUUCGUUCAUAGUUUUGAUUUGAAGGAUAUGCGAAUCGAUCAAGCUUUACGACUUUACUUAGAAUCUUUCAGACUUCCUGGCGAAGCGCCACUUAUUUCUUUGUUGCUCGAAAAAUUUGCCGAACAUUGGCACGACAGUAAUGGAAGGCCGUUUGCAUCGGCAGAUGCUGCAUUUACUUUAGCAUAUGCUGUAAUUAUGUUAAAUGUUGAUCAGCAUAAUUACAAUGUGAAAAGACAAAAUAAUCCGAUGACGGCUGAUGAAUUUAAAAGAAAUUUGAAAAAAGUGAAUGGCGGUACUGAUUUUGAUCAAGGAAUGCUCGAUGAAAUCUAUGCCUCUAUUAAGGGUGAAGAAAUUGUGAUGCCUGCCGAACAAACCGGUUUGGUGAAAGAUAAUUAUUUAUGGAAGGUAUUGUUACGUAGAGGUAUUGGACCUGAAAGUUUGUAUCUAAGGAUUGGAAAUUCUGGUGAAUUUGUGGAUAAGGAGUUAGCUGAACGGGCAUGGGGUCCUAUUAUAAGCGCGCUUUGCAGGGCAUACGAUAAAGCGCCCGAUAGAUCGUUGCAACGUCGAGUCGCCGAAGCUUUCCAUCGUUGCGCUUCUAUCAGCGCUCAUUAUGGGAUGAGCAGCGAUUUGGAUACUCUUAUAGUAAGCUUGUGUAAAUUCACGGGUCUUGCGACCGGUGGUGAAUCCGAUCAAGUGGUUUUACAGCUUGGCGGAAGUAACAAGUGUCAGUUAGCUGCGCGUACUCUCUUCAAAAUUACUCAUAUACAUGGAGAUGCGAUAAGAGGCUCGUGGAAAAAUAUCAUCGAUUGUUUGCAAUCGUUAUACAAGGCAAGAUUAUUGCCGAAAAGUUUGACCGAAGGAGAAGAUUUUAUCGAUUCAUCCGGAAGGAUAUCGUUACUUCGAGAACCAACUACACCGAAACCAGCUCCGGUAGAUCAGGGAAUAUUAUCCAGUUUAUAUUCUUAUAUAGCUUUGGAUACUUCACGGAUGUCUCAUCCAGCGGAAACAACCGCAAGAAAGAGAGCUACGGAAUUUAUUGGUAAUUGUUAUCUCAAACAAAUCAUCGAGGAAAGUAAGUUCUUGCAAGUUGAAUCACUUCGAUCUUUUGUCGGUGCUUUGGUAUAUCCAAACUCUCACGAUGAAGAUGUAUCGGUGUUUCUGUUGGAACUUUUGUUGGAAGUAACUAUUCAAAAUCGUGAUAGAGUAACAUGUAUUUGGCCGAUAGUACAGGGUCAUCUAGACGGAUUAUUGACAAUUGCCGCGCGUGAAAAUCAUCCAUACCUUUUGGAACGAGUUGCCGUUGGAAUGUUGAGAUUAGCUAUUAGAUUGUUACGGGGAGAAGAAUACGCGUGUACCGUUUUGCCGCCUUUGUUACCUUUAACUCAUCUUCCUUCCGCUACAAGCACACCGCUCGCGAGGCAGAUCGCUUACGGUUUGUUCGAGCUGCUUAAAACGGGCGCGGCUAAUAUUCAUAGCACGGAAGAUUGGAAAGUAGUAUUCAGUUUGUUGGAGUGUGCAGGUGCUGGAGCACUAAUGCCGAAACAAUCCAACACCGUAUUGGACGAAGCGACCAAUUCUAGAACAUCGAUGUUGGAUCCUAGACCGAUCAGUCCUAUACCAGAAUGGGUACUCGUAUCUCCAACAGGGACAGAAGCACCGUUGCCUGUUGCCGCUGACACGAUUGUAUUAGAUCGUGAUUUACAACCUCACGAUCCCGCUGCCCUCGUUAAAUGCUGCGAAAGUUUGACAUUCCUAGUCAGAGACGUGGCUCAUGUAACUCCAUUUAACUUCGAAUUAUGUAUACGUUGCGUGAGAACAUUUGCCGAAGCAGUUCUUCAAUGUACAGGAAAAAGGAAUAAAAUGCUUAAUAUUCAGGAGGAAGUUGGUAUCGCUGCCACUUAUCAACAAAGUCCCAUACAAUUGUUAGAUUUAAUGCAUACGCUUCAUACUAGAAUCGCUCAAGUAUUUCGAUGGUGGGCCGAAGAGGGUAAUGCUACGGAAAAUGUUUCUUUAUGGCUACAGGUGUGGAGACCUUUGUUACAAGGAAUUGCAAGAUUGUGUUGCGAUACUCGUAGACAGGUACGCACAGCAGCCAUAACGUACCUUCAAAGUACUCUGCUUGCUCACGAUUUGGCACAAUUAUCGGCGAUCGAGUGGUCUCAAUGUUUGGAACAAGUUUUGUUCCCUCUGUUGGCUCAAUUACUCGGUCCGAUAGCCUCCAACGAUCCUAUCGGUGUGGAAGAGACAAGGGUCAGGGCAGCCAUGUUAUUAUCCAAGGUAUUUCUUCAUCAUUUGAAUCCAUUGCUGACUCUACCUGGAUUUUUACCACUCUGGCUAACAGUAUUAAGCUUACUACGUGCUUAUAUGCACGCGGAUAAUAGCGAGCUUCUCUUCGAAGCCAUACCGGAAUCAUUGAAAAACAUGUUAUUGGUUAUGUCUUCUGCCAACGUGUUAGCUCCGACAUCAAAUUUAUGGGCCCCGACUUGGAGAACGAUAGAUGCAUUUUUACCCAAUCUGAAAGCGGAAUUAUUUCCAGAACCACCGGUUGUUGUUCCAUUACCAUGCUCGCCUCAAUCGAUACAAUCGCAACAAAAUUCGCAAGUGAUCAGUUUGAUAGAGCAACGACAGCCCUGUUUCUCGGGAUCCUUAGCCUUAUCUCAGCCAAAAUCUACAUCGAUCGAUAAUUCGAUUAUUAACGAUACCGGGGAAAAUUGCCGGAAUCGAAACGAAUCUUAUCCACAUUCGCAAUCCUUCCUACCUACUACGGAAUAUUCGGUUAUAAAUCCAAACACAAGAUCGAUUUCGGUAAUUUCGACUUCUGCCGAUAUCGUUUCAUCGUUCGAUGAGAGUAAAGAAUCGCAACAGGUGAUUACUUUGGUCGAUCAACAAGUCCCGAAUAUAUCGAGUACGAUCGCGGGAGUGUCAACCGCGCAAGAAUCUAUCGAUAUUUCUCAUUGUAACAUUGAUCUUCAUCGAUCUUCAUCGGUGAUCACUGAAUUUAAAGAACAAUGUCAAGAGGAAAUGCCAGUAAUAUCGGAGCUAUCACCAUCGACAAUACCAACGAAACUAUCGAACGAGGAAAGAUCUGAUCGAUCGUCAAAAUCGAUUAUUAUUAAUGGAGAUGAAUCGAAGCAAGUUACAAAAAUGAAACUAUACGAAGAACAGAGGCAAUGUCAACAAACCUUGUUACGAUCCGAACAAUAUUUAUCGGAUAUACAAGGAAUGGAACGUACUGGAAUAUUAAAUUCUUCUUCUCACUCGGAUGCAUAUCAGACAAUGACUGUAGAUUCCGCAGCGACGACGAUGUUUAAUUCAGCGGCAUAUUUUACCGAAGAUCCUGCGGCUGAUCGUCUAUUCGUCGUGACUAAUCCUUGACCAUUGUACAUUCGUUAUGAAUAUUCUAUCAUUGUUUUUGCGACAAAGAAAUUUUUGGGUGAAGUUUUAGCGAAAAAGAAUUUACUACGUGUUACAGUAGGUGAACCUUUGGCUUCUUGUAUAUUUGAAAUUAUGAUAUGUAUUAAUAAUAAUGUAUGAUAAUUCAUUUGAUAUUAUUAUUAACACAUUAUAUACGUAUAUAUACAUAAAUGAUUAUAAUAUCUAUGAUUCGGUAUCGUAUUUCGUGGAAUAUCGAUUAUCUUUAUUAUAGUUAUCAUCAUCGUUCUCGUCCUUACGAGUAUCAUUGUAUCAUCAUCGUUAGGUAAGUUAAGUAUUUUUAUAAAAAUUUAAUUAUUUCUAUUGAUUUUUAUUAAUAUCGAUAUAUACUUACCUACGAUGUAUUGAGAUACGACAACACGAAUUACGAUAUCGUUAAUAUAAUUAUCAAAUUGUUCCUAGGCGAACGAGUGGUAAAUCGAUAAUUCUUGCAAUUAUACAAUAAUAAUAUGUGCAGUUUGCAAGAUAGAACAGAUCGAUCGUUUUAAUCUUUUUUUAUUAAUAUUUUCUUUUCCGUUUCUUUAUCUUUUAUGUAAGUAUGUAUAUACAUACAAAUAUGUAAAGUUUGAAAUGCAUAAGCUCAAGAGAAGAAGCAUGUUGGAACAUCUUGUAACAUACCUGUGAUUUUUCGCAAUUUUAUCAUAAAUAAUUAUGCUGUAUUAUGUACAGUUUAUCUCAAUUUCAAUAAUACAAAUUUCUGCAAGAUUUGUAAUCGAAAGUUGGAAUCGUUAAAACAUUUGACAUUUUAACAUGUAGACAAUGUUGUAUCAAAGAAAAACGCGUUAAAUAAUAUUAAAAGCAGCUGUGCUGCUUGAAUUUUUAAAUAUAGAAAACAUACACGGUCUCCGUAUUUUUUAUUUUAUAGACUUAUAGAUGUGUACGCAUAUAAUAUUUCGACUCUAUGAGACGGAAUCAAAAACAUCGAAAGAAGGCGCGGCGCGGCGCGGCGCGUUCCAGUCAGGACAAAUUUAGAAAUGGACAAUCUGAAAUCCAACGUAUAUUAAUAAGAACGAAUAGUCGUUGAACGAAAAAUUUUCUAUUCUUUCUUCGACGAAUUAUACGAUCGCUCGCAUAGUUUUAUAGUAAGUAGUCACGUAUGGAUAUAUUAUAUAUAUAUAUAUAUAUAUUACAUUUUGAUUACACGCUGAUAACAAUCGUUACAAUGAUCUUUACGGAAACAUGAUUGUUUUAGAAUAUUUUUUACGAGAGAGUUUUCUGUUCCGUGAUCUUCUUUAUUCACGAACGAUCGAUUUUACGCAUAAUAAUCGUUAUAAUAAAUGAAACGAAAGCUUGGAUAGAAUGUCGUAUUUACUUUUAUAUAAUAUAUAUAUAUUUUAUAUAUAUAUAUAUAUAUUAUAUAUAUACAUAUAUAUAUAUAUACACGUAUGGUUUAUCUGUUGUGAAUAAUUAUAUAAAAAAAUAGAUUAAUACCAUACUAUGUGAGAUUCGAACGGAUAUCGAUAAGUUAUGUUGUAGUAAUGUAAAAAAUGUAGUAAAUUUUCAGGAAAGAUUCAUCGAUCGGUAUGAAGAUUCAUCAUUGGUCAUGUACGAAUUUAAAAGAAGGACGAAUACGUACGUUGAAUUUAUAUUUCUGUUUGUUAAAGUUAAUCAGUCGUGGAAUAUUAUAUAGUAUAUCGCAUUAUUGAUCUCUUCGACAAUAGUAACCAAGAGUUUUACAUUUUUGACAGAGAUGUUGCGGAUGGACCUUACUUUGGUCGGACACAUCCAAUCCGUCUGGUUUCUCUAAUGGUCUCUGAAAACACGUAAUAAAAUGUAACGAGAUUACGUAAUUACGCAAUCAUGUUGGCGUGCAAUGAAAAUGCGGUAAAUUUGUGAUUACUUACGUUGCCAGAUUGGGACAAACAAUUCUAAUACGAAUUUGAUGCAAUAACAGAUUAUUAGCAAUCAAAGAUUGAAGAUACUAUUUGCUAUCGAAGUCGAUAUCGAAAUAUAUCGAAGGAACAUACGGUAAAUCGUAUGGUCGUUUCUAAAGAUACAUAGAAGAUAAAGAUACAUAAAGAUAGAUUAAAUGGAUUUAUAUUUAUUAAUUGAAGUUUAAGAUAGAUAUGCAUAUAUAUUUAGUGAACAGUAUUUGUUUAAAAGAAACUCGAAAUGUAAUAAAGAUACGGAGAAAAAGAAUUCGGGCAAAAGAUCCCUUUUCCAAAAAACAAUUUUCCUUUAAUCACAAGGACAGAUUUCAUGAUUUCAUAUAAAUAUAUAUAUAGAAAUAGAUAGACAGAUUUCAUAUUCUGUUUAUAAUUGAAGAUAAUAGAAGCGAUUG